AUGGUUAGGUGCAGCCCGCAGGUACUCGAUGCUUGCGCCGACUCGGACUCUGCACAAGACGGCUCGGUCACGGCCGGCGCGGCGAGUGCCGACUCGUUGGCGGCCGUGAGCAAGGGUUUCUUCCCCGAGCUGCUCUGGUACGCGGCCAACCUCAAGGCCGGUCGCGCUGCCGGCACGCCCCAGAUCGCGAUCUUGUGGGGGCACGACAUGCCUCUCGACGUCGGCGACAGCGUGCGCGUCAAGAGCUCGGGCGCGCUCGGCGAGCUCCUGCAGAUCCGCGUUGCGUCGUCGGCCUACGUCGUCAAGCUCAAGGACGGUACGCUCCUCAAGAACGUCCCGUUCAACGACGUCGAAAAGUACUCGGCGGCUGCGACACCGGCCAAGCAGGCGAUCGUACUCGCUCCCGACGCAUUUGCUGUCGGUACCAAAGUCGACGCCAAGUACAAGGGCAAGACGUUUUACCCGGGAACGAUCGCGCGGGCGCACGCCGACGACCGCUACGACAUCGACUACGACGACGGCGAGAAGGAAACCAAAGUCCCGCGCGACUACCUUCGGAUCGUAGCGGCAUCAACCGCCAAGCCGACGGCGUCGCCACCAGCAAAACAAGCGGCGAAGAAGGCGGCUACAAGCGGCGACGAGCUGGACGUGGGGACCAAAGUUGAAGCGCGCUAUAAGGGCAAAACGGCCUACUGUCCGGGCACGAUCACCAAGGUCAACAACGACGAGAGCUUUGACAUUACGUACGACAACGGCGAGAAGGAGUCGGGCGUCGACCGCGACCUCAUUCGGUCCACCGAUGCGCCGCCGGCCAAGAAGCCGUCCAAGACACCGUCGAGCCCGAGCAAGCAGAGCGGACUCAAGGUCGGGACCAAGGUCGAGGCUCGGUACAAGGGGAAAUCCAAGUACUACCCCGGCAAAAUCGCCAAGUGCCACGCCGACGAAACGUAUGACAUUGACUAUGACGACGGGGAAAAGGAAAAACGCAUUGAGCGAGAUCUCAUCCGAGUGGUCGUCACAAGCAGCACCAAGACCUCUCAACACAACACCGAGACGGACCUGGUCGUCGGCACCAAAGUCGAAGCCAAGUACAAGGGCAAGACGUACUACCCUGGUACGAUCGCCAAAGUCAACGACGAUGAGAGUUAUGACAUCGACUACGACGACGGGGAGAAGGAGAAACGCGUCGACCGCGACUACAUUCGCAUCGUCGCCGCACCAGCGAAGCCGGCACCCAAGAAGAGCGAGAAAAAGAGCGUGUGGGAAGCAGGCAUGUCAGUGGACGCGCGCUACAAAGGCAAGUCCAAGUAUUAUCCCGGCAAGAUCACCAAGGUGCACAGUGACGGAACCGUCGACAUCGACUACGACGACGGCGAGAAGGAGAAGCGCAUCGACACCGAUCUCGUUCGAGCCAGAGGUAGCCCCACAAAGCCGGCGACAACGCAGCUCGACGUCGGCACCAAGGUCGAAGCCAAGUACAAGGGCAAAACAUACUACCCCGGCAAGAUCGCCCGAGAAACGCGUGGCAGCCGACUUCGUUCGAGCCAAUGGCAGCCCUAAUAAGGCGGCGGCAACGCAGCUCGACGUCGGCACCAAGGUUGAAGCCAA